AUGGAACUCUUUCUUGAGAUGUCUCAAAGAGGAUUGGUUGGGGGCACCGUCACUUACACCACUCUGAUCCAAGGUUUUUUUCAAGCUAGGGACUGUGAGAAUGCUCAAGAAAUUUUCAAACAAAUGGUUUCUUGUGGUGUGCCUCCCAAUAUUUGGACCUACAACAUUCUGUUAGAUGGGUUUUGUGAUAACGGGAAGCUAGAGAAAGCGUUGGUGGCCAGUAAAGUAGAAGACGCGUGGGAAUUAUUCUGUAGCCUCGACCUUAAAGGAGUGAAGCCUGAUGUUAGAACGUACACUAUAAUGAUCUCAGGAUUCUGUGUGAAACGCUUAAAGCAGGAAGCUGUUGCCUUGUUUAGAAAGAUGAAGGAAGACGGGCCUCUCCCAAAUGACCAUACCUACAAUGUGCUAAUCAGGGCACAUCUGAGGGAUGGUGACAAAGCAGCAUCAGCAGAGCUCAUCAAAGGAAUGAGGAGUUUCGGGUUUUCCGCAGAGGCUUCAACCUUUGGCUUGGUCACUAAUAUGUUACAUGAUGGGAGAUUGGACAAAAGCUUCCUCGACAUGCUUUCUUGA